GAUACUCCGAAGAUCAGUUAGCAGGUAAGAAUACUAAAGCAAGUUGAGAACUACGUACGUAUUCCAUAAAACUAGUACACCGACUGCCACAAAGUGCAGGUAAAACUGGUUGUGUGGCGGUAACGAUAAAUGUCUACGUACGCGAGGUGUGUCCAGUUGUGAGUCAUGUCAAUCAACGUCUUACCCGAAAGAGGUGGCUAUUGCAUGCGCCCUAGUUUCCUUAUAAGGUAGGUAUUUUAAAAUGUGUCUUUCGGCCGGUUUGCAACGCUGUAGUGCCUUUUCUCGCGUCGUCCAAUAUGUUCGUAUACGAGCCGCCUACGAAAUUGAAGCUCACUUCAGUGGAAGAAUUUCAAGAAGCAUUUCAAUUGUUUGACUCUCGUGGCGAUGGCAAGAUUCAUGUGGCACAGAUUGGAGAUGCACUGCGGGCACUUGGCCAGAAUCCUACCGAGUCCGAUGUCAAGAAGUGCACACUUCACUUGAAACCUGAUGAAAGAAUAUCAUUUGAAGUUUUUCUGCCAAUAUAUCAAGCAAUUUCCAAAGCAAGAAGUGGAGACACUGCUAAUGAUUUUAUUGAAGGCCUUCGUCACUUUGAUAAGGAUGGCAAUGGAUUCAUAUCUUCUGCAGAACUCCGACACCUGCUGUCCACUCUCGGUGAGAAGCUGAGUGAUGAUGAGGUAGAGCAGCUGUUACAAGGGCAAGAGGACUCUCAGGGCAACAUCAACUAUGAGAACUUCGUGCAUCUCAUCAUGCAGGGCUGAUUGAUAUCACCAACAACCUACAUAACUUAUUAAUUUUACAUAAUUAUUGAUAUAAUUCCCUGUUAUUUCCAUUGAAAUGUAUUCCAAACAUUUAUUAGUUUUAAGAAUAACAACAUUAUUGUAUAGUAUAUGACUGUACAUGUACGGACAUCGGUACAAAUGGUCAAUAAGAUAACAAAAUAAAUUUAUAUUAAA